UUUUCCCCGUUGUCAAGGCAGCGGCAGAAAGAAAGGCUGGCUCGCGGAAAGUAGCUGCAGUGUCCUGACUGUACAUAUGUCCAAACGUUUACAAACUGUCCCGGAAAGUUAGAUGUAACUACACAGGGCUUUCUAUUUCAUAUCAACUUUGGAAAACUUAAAGGUUAGUGACAAUGCACAACAAGAGCACAGUGUGAGAGCUGAAGAAGAGAAAUGGCCCAGGAUGUCAUCGUACAAAGGUACUCCAAGAUGGUCAUAAUUCCUUGUCUAGAAACUCAUCAGGCAAGACAGAAGGAGAGGAGGAUGGGUGACGAGUUGAUCGUCGCCAUUUGCUGAAGUCCAGGAGCAAUACCCGAAUGGACAGCAUGCAGAACUCAAGUGGUUCGCGGGGUCAACGUUACCGCCCGGCAUCGGAGUUUGAUGAAGCCACACUUGCCCGUAAGAGGGAGUACUGGAGGAUUAAGAAACGGGAGCAGAGGGCCAAGCUGUCAGUUCUCAAGAAGGAGAGGCUAAAAGUAGCGAACACUGCGGUCUGCAGAUCCAGAGUUUCUGCUGGACAGUUAACAGGGGGCAAGAAUGGGCAUAUGGCACCAGCCCUUGGGGUGCCUAGCCCUAAUUUGCUAAAAAAUGAUGGGACUUACGAAGCGGGUCUAUAUCAUAAACUCACUCGUGAGUUUGAGAAAAUUCCUAAACAAGUUGAAACAGAGCAGAAUGCUGGCCCCACUGUGAGUCAGAUUUGUGUUUCACAAGAAGGACAGCAAGCCUCUGCAAACCAAAAGGACAGGUGGUUACAGAAGAUAAAACUCAACAACGUCUUGCCCACAGCAUCUGCAGACUCCAGGGACAACCUAAAGGGUGCUGGCAGGAAUGCAGUUGGGUGCUUGUCUAUAGGUGCUGUAAGUGGCAAAUUUUCUCCUACUAAGUUGAAUGGGGCACCGUUGGACAGCUCCUCACAAGUGCCUGCUAUCAGAAUAAAAGUGCAACAAACUGGUUCACUCAACUGUGAUGAGCAGAAUGAGAAGCCACUGCUCAAUGGUAGUUCCUCCACAACUUUGCCUCAACACAAUCAUGCACCCCAGACGGGAAGUAACCUUCAGGAUUUUCCUUCAGGAAUGAAGGUGCCUGUACAGAACCCUGGAACAGGAAGUGGUCAUGCAAAUGUGCCAGAAGUACCCAAGUGUACCCAAAUGGGUAUUCUCGAAAGCACGAUCAAAAAAGAGGUAGAUGAUUUGUUACCAGACAUAGACACUCUGAUGACAACUAACUCCAACAACCAAGCAGUUUUUCCAAAAGCUGAAGAAUUGAACAAGAAGGAAGUUGGGGACAGUGUCACGGCUGCAGUUGAACCUGUAGCUCCUCAGCAGAUUUCAAAAGCUCCCGUCUGCCGUCAGAGGCUUCCGGAUGGUAUGGAACGCUGGGGUGCUGUCAGAUCCAGAACGCAGAGACAGAGAUUUCUUGCAAGUCAAAGGAUGAUCAAUCAGAGGAGUGUAAGGAGGGCCUUCUCACCAGCCACAGCCUUAAGCACCAGAAAUGCCCAGAGGAGCAACGCGGAGGAGACCGAUGAGGACAGGAUGGCUAGAAAGCGGGAAUAUUGGCGCAUCAAGAAGCGUGAGCAGAGGGCGAAGCUCUCCGUCGAGGUGAAGGCGAAGAUGAAGGAGAGGGAUUCCUUGUUGCGUCGAGUAAAAAGAUAUCAGUGCAUUCUCGAGGACAUGCGCAGGGCAAGAGCGGGUUGCAACAAGGCGCAGCACCCACCAGGAAGUGGAAACGUACUUCCCAGUGAUAAUGAGACCAUUGGUGGUUUUAUAAAAGAGGAUGGCACCAUGACGACUAACAUUCCACAAUCUUCAGCCGACUAUAGGUUAUCAGAGCGGGAAACGCUGCGUGAAAGUCACACAUUUCCUAAAAACCAGCUCCCAGUCUCAAACUAUGGUAGUGGCAAUGGAGCCUUGAGAAAGCAAGUGCAGAUAACUGCUCCACCUCCGUUGAAGUGUGCCACACAAAUGAAAAGCACUUGCUAUCCUGCUGCUGUGUCGUCCCUAAACCCUCCACGCUUAGUGUCAAACAGAGUCAGACCUGCAUCUCACACCAUUCCAAAAAACCUCCAGAAUACUCGUGCAACUGUGCCCCAAACCAACAACUCUCUCAGGCGACUGCAUAAUGUCCAAAGCACCUAUCCAGGACUCACUUUACUCAAGCAAAGGCAAGUUGUAGGAAAACAUCCAGCCACUCCUGAGCCAGGCGGAUUGGCACUCAGGCGAGCACCUGCAGGUUCAGCCUUUCCAACAACGGCACCCGGCCUAGUGCCAGAACUAACGGAAGAAGAGAGGAUGGCCAAGAAGCGAGAGUACUGGAGGAUAAAGAAGCGGGAGCAGAGGGCAAAGCGCUCUGCCCGUGCGAGACAAGCUUUAUUUCAGUCCAAGUACAGCUCGGCGAUGCAGAGGCAGCAAAGCCAAAGGGUCCUCUCGGCUCGUCGCACUGCAAGUCUCAACUCCCUCAGGGGCAUUUCUGCUAACUGUCCCCCGAACAGCACACUGCUGUCGAAGCCUGUCGUGCCAACGUCUAUCCAGGACAAACAAGCAAACAUAAAACAAGAGGAGGAACCUGAUCCCACAGAAGAUGAGUGUCCUACUCUGGAUCCCCCUUUGUGUCCAGAGAUUAAACCCCCCCUUUCCCCUCCCACAGAGCAGCAGGUGGAGCAGGAUCCAUCGACGGUUAUGGACAGCCAGGCUACCACGCUCCUGGCUGUGGCUUCUAUGAAGAAGCUGUUGGAGGAAUCGCUGAGCUCUGUUGCAGACAGCAAUGAUCUGCCACCCUGUAAACGUGAGCAGGUUAGUUCUGAAGAAGAGGCGGCUCAGGUGGAGGUGAAGCCAAGCCUUCCGUGCCUCUUGCAAGGAAGUGUAAGAUCUCUCACCCCAGAAAGGCAUCAUAGUGCCCUGGGAGCUACCUCUCAGACCACUGAGCUCCAUCCCAGCCAAGUACAGUUUCCAUCCUGUCUGAAGCCCUCUGAAGCACCUUCUGCUCCUGGGAGUGGCUUCCACACAGCCCCGGGCCCAUCUAGCCAAUCACAGGCCCCAUCUAGCCAGUCACCAGCAUCCAGUCAGACAGGGUCUCCCUCCUCAAAUCUAAAACAUUCCCGUACACCUCUGAGCAGACCGUCACCCACUCAUGCCCCCUCUUGCAGUCACGCAACCUCUUCCAGCCAACCCUUCCACCUUCGUAGAGCCUCGAGACUGCGUGCAAAGAGAAUAGGCCACCACUGCUGCUCCCCGGAGCCUCUCAAAAAAGCAGUAAAUUCCCCCUCUCAGCCAAACGAGGAUGUUCUUCGGAAGAAGCGGGAGUACUGGAGGGUCGCGAAGAGGGAGCAGAGAGCUAAGAAAGCAGCACAGGAGAGGGAGUUGAGGAAGCUGGCGGAGCAGGGUAAACAACAGAUCCCGAGGCCCUCUCAGGGUGCACCAAUCAGUGCGGUGAAAACGCACCGACCCGAGCUGAAGAACGAGGGCCACAACCUUCCUCCAACACUCCAUUCGACAAAUUCUACCCCCCUUGUGCUGUCCUCUGCUAGUGGGACCCUUACGUGCCUGAAGGCUGCCACCACCCUCCCAAUACUUAAGGUGUUUACCCCCGUGCAGUCCACCCCACUCCUUUGCUCCAAUGCCUUCGAGAGCAAAGCGCCCGCAAAAGACCCCCCUUCCAAUUCCAAGUCAUCCUGUCUGUCGGGGGCGAACAGCCGCACAUCUCUCAAUCGCAGUACCCUGCCGUGCCCAGCAGAUGGCAACAGCAGGGUCACGGUCCAGUCUGGCGGCGGGGGUAGCACAGGACAACUGCUGUUGGUGGGAAGUCAGCAGAACAGAGCCCCAGGCUCCAGUGCUGAGUCGCCCCAGGUCAAACGGUGGCAGCUGCAGGUGCAAGAGAGUGCGGGCACUCCUUCCGGUCAGCCGGCUUUGAUAAAAAAGCUCCCCGGCCUAGCACUCCAGGUUGGAGGGACAUCCUCACUGGGUGGUAGGGCGAUGAACACUCGUGCUCCCCCGUCCUGUAAUGUCCCACCGCGUGUCGGACAGGAGGACUCCCGGAAACCCCCCGACCCCGCCAAGCCGACGAAAACGGUGGAGCAGCUGGAUGAAGACCUCCGGAGGAAAAGGGAGUACUGGAGAGUGAAGAAGAAGGAGCAGAGGGCCAGGAAGGCGGCUCGGGAGAGGGAUAUGAAGAGGCAGGGGACCUCCGGUGGCUGGAGGACCAUCCUCCCAGCCAAGGACGUUCCCCAGAGCCUGGACUCGCAGGGACGAGUCUCCGAUCCAUGGCCUAACAGUGCAGCGAAGGACUCCCAGUUACCACCCAGCACCUCCUCUGAGUACAGCGACCGGCCUCAGCUGAGCCUGACGGGAGCUGGGAAAGAUGAGCCGGACACGGGCAUGCGAGCUGUCGAGGAGGAGGAGGAGGAGGAGGAGGAGGAGGAGGAGGAGGGAGAAGAGGGAGAGGAGGAAGGCCAGGAGGACACGCCCUGUUCGGAGGCCUCGUGGAGGACCCGCUUCCUCAUGGACUUCGACCCGCUGAACCAGCUGCUGGUGUGCAUGGUGUGCGGGGAGCUGCAGCACUCGCACAGCCUGGAGGGGGUCAGGGGUCACAUCGAGGAGGCGCACCCGGACACCCUCUCCCUGGACCCCCGCGAGCGUCACCGCAUCCUGGAGGCCUGGGACGAGCAGGUGUUCCUGCGGGAGCGAUUCUUCAGCAACCAGCUGCAGCAGCACAGCGCGGUUCUCUCAGGAGAGACUCAGGAGUGCCCGGCGGAGGUGGAGGUCAUGGUGGACCUGGAGGAAUCCCCCGCUCAAAAAAACCAGAGUAAAGCGUCUAAAACCAAGGGCCCAAAGAAGGUGUGAACUCCCAGAUCCUGAUAUUUCGACAGAAUCACAGACUUUAAAGCCCUGAUGGGAACAGAGAAGCAAAAAGCACAGGCCUGCCUGGGGAGGUUGGAUGUGGCCCCAUUCUUGGUUGCAAAGAGGUUGCCUGCUUAAUUUUUUAAAAAGUUUUCUUAUUUAUUUUUCAGAGAAGAACUUUUGCUGCCGCUUUGUUGAGAAGAUCAAGUGAAUCAUUGGCAAUACGAAACCAAAAUCUUUUCACGUUUGUAACCUCAUCAGCACUGACAUAUGGACGCAGUCUGUGCAGAAGUUGUUUUUUGUAAAAAUGAAGCAAACCUGGAUCUUCUCAUGUUUUUUUGCCAGCUUCUGCACCAGAACAAUUUUGUUUGCUCCCCAAUCUCCCGGGCUCGGUUUUUAAUUUCUGCGCGAACGCUUUCCUUCCGGGUCAAAGUUGCACUGCAUGCUUGGAAUGGACGUGCUCGUUAACCGGUCUUUUGAACUCAGCAGCGCACAGUUAUCUCGUUAAUGCUAACGAGGAGCCGAGCCGAAAGGACGUGAGCACCUCCCCUAAACGUUAACGAAGAGCGCAACGUUUAGAACACCUCUCCCAAACGGUUAAUACGGUUUCAGUUCAGCUUCUCAGGAAGAAAUGAGUAAGCGUUCCAAAAUUUAAACCCAGAGAGUGUGAUUGGAUGGCCGCUACUGGCGUGUGUUUUACGGUCAUCACGCACAUUCAGCUCAGCGGUAGGACCUGGUUUUUCCAAAUGCCCUCAUUUCUCCCAAUUCUUUGGAGCUGUGUAUAUCUCUAUACCGUUCGUUUUUUUUUUAAGUUAUUUUUACUGUACUGCACUGUAAUGUUACUGUACGUUUUCAAUCCAUUGAGUCGACCCUAGGUUGAACGGGGAACACACUGGAUUCCGUACACCCUUUCGAGAUGAGGAGCGGCUUGAGUACGGCGCCUAGCGUCUCUCUCGCUCGCUAGCGUCCCCCGGGAGUCGUGUCGUUGUGUGAGGACUGCGCGGGGUGCCUAGUCGUUUCAGGCGAAACUCCGUCUGACUUCAAUUCAUCGCGGGUCAGUCCGAACCCAGCCGUAAUCUCGCUCAAUGGACGAGCGUGUAAAGAUACCGUGCUCCUGUUGGUGUACCCUACCCAGUUAGUAGCUGCUGGAGAUUGUGACUGCCAUGAUUAUCACUAUCAGUGUUGUUCUUUUCUGUACCUGAUUUUGUUUCUGCGCAUUGUGGACCCAUUACAUUACAUUACAUUACAGGCAUUUGGCAGACGCUCUUAUCCAGAGCGACGUACAACAAAGUGUAUAACCAUAACCAGGAACAAGUACCCCCAUUAAACCCCAUUAAACGCAGCCCUAUCUGUCCGACCAAUUGUGUGGUCUUGAGAAAUAGAGAUGGAGAAAUGAACUGUUUUCUGAAACGGACGGGACGGUCUAAGCCCUGUUGAUGUCCGUGUUCCUGAGAAAGCUAGCAGGUCGACUGGCACCGGUGUUCGUGUGAUGCAUAGCUUUUCUGUCUUCCACCAAAUUGUCUGUGGAGUUCAGCGGGACCCCCAGUAUGUGGGCUAAUUUUAGGCCUGCAGUUUUUGUCUUUUCAGUCUUUUUUCCCUGAAGGAAUCCUCCUUUUUUUCCCCAAGGGGGGGAAUUCAGGGUACUGCAGGCAAGCAGAAAUUUCAGUCCUCUGCAUUUCAGUCUCAGCUGAGGGGAAAUGAAAUGCACCUCCAUGUAGACCUCACCUCACACCAACAAAGGGCUCACCAAAUGCAGAAAGCCAUUUUUUAUUUUUAUUUUUUUUUUCAAUUUUGCAACUGAACUGCAGUCCAUAGCAUUGUAUCCAAGCGACAAAGUUGACAUUUUUGGCUGAAAGCUCUCAGUGGUACAAGAACAGGAAUGUUUUUUAAAAUAUAUAUGUUUACACAUUCAAAUGUCAGAUAUGAUAUGAACUGAGAGGGGAGCCUAAUUAGGAGUCGCUGGAACGUGGCCGCUCAGUGUUGCACGAACCUUCAUGACUGCAGAAGGUCAUCCUCUUCGGGGUUCUUCAGGCACAAAGGACAACCUAAAUAUGAAAUUGUGCUGAACCAGCAACAAUGAAUCCUCAGAAAGUUUUGCCAUUUCAGAAAAUAAUGUUUUUUUUUAUACUGUUGAAUACUUUAUAUAUGUAUGUAUGCACUGUAUAUUUAAUAUAAAAUGUUUAAAUUAUGUUUCUGGAGGGAGGGACAGGUCAGUACUUUAUGGCCUAUGAAUCAUUUUGUUUGAUUACUGCUAAGUUUCAAAUCAUGAAAUUGCACAAAUGUGAUUUUUAGUUUAUUGGUCAGAUUAUUUUGCAGUUUUGUUUUUCAGAACACAUAACUUUGAAGUAACCUUAUGGGUUAUAAAUGUAAUAUAUAUGUUUUUAUGUGCUUAUAAUAUAGAUUGUAAGCACGGUAAUGUGUAUACUGGCUUGUUUUCUUAUUAUUAUGUGACAUUUUUUGCCAAUUUCAGAAUGACGCAAAAAUAUUGUGCAUAUGCAUCAUUGAUUAAAUGUUCAAUUUCUUAUGAUUUUAAAGAUCUGUGAAACAAAAGUUGGAUCAUCUGCAAAAAAAUGGUGGAUAGUUCUGUACACGCUGUUGACAUUGAUUUACCUUGAUUUCCUAUGAUGUAAAUCUCCUGUAAUUAUCCGAUGAUCACAAAUCCUGGAGGCUAACUUGCGUCAGACCACAGUGCUUUGGAGUCCAGCCUGUUGUCCUCAGACUAAAACGCAGAAAGCAUCUUGAACUGAAUGUACUGUAAUAAUACCUGACAGCCAUAACAAACUGUAAAUAUAUGGGACACCCAGAGCUCGAACAGGCCACGUUGUUUCAGUUUGUACUUAUUUCAAUGCCAUUGCCGAGAAUCUACUUCUCCUCUUUAAGUUGGUGUCCGUGUGCAUAUUUACGUAGGGAAUGUUCAAACACUUUUUUUCAUAACCAAUAAAGCCUUUUUUGUACCUUUUAA